AUGGUGAUGAUAAUAACUGCUGCAACAGGCUUCAGAUCGUUUUUGCUCGAUUGUGCUGUGCAAGUUCCAGACUGUAUACUUCAACAAUGGUGGAUUCUAUUCCGAAUACAUCAUUUUUGGAACAAAUCGAUGUCUGCUUCAUUUUUAAGCUAUGAUAUUCACGUUGGUGGCUCUGAGCAACGCAAUGACUGCGGUGUGCAGAAUUAUUCCAAGCCAGUUCAUCCACUAUUUUUCAAGAAAGUUUUCCUGCAUUCGCCUAUGGUUUCUACAUGA